GUAAAGUGGGGGUAAAACAAAGGAGUUGUUGUAAUGACGUUUUAUUUAUGCGAUAUUGAUUAAAAUAAGUAUCUUGUCUUCUAUUUCAGUACUAAAUGGUUUUUCAAGUCAAUUAUUGUGUACGCAUGUGUUCUGUUCUUAGGCGUGGAGAAGGGACUUAGUCACUUUCGGCCCGUUAGUCUAACCAGUGCAGUUGUCAAACUAAUGGGAAAGAUUACUCGGAUGGGUGUUAUAAAUCAUGUAGAACGGCAUGAUUUUUCAUCCCAUGGACAUCGAGAUUUUCGGAAAGGCCUAUCAUGCUUGACAAAUCUGCUCAUUGCAAGAGGAGAUUGGGACGUAGCAAAAGGUCAAAUAAUUCUUGUAGAUAUGAUUUUCACUGAUCUAAGUAAAGCUUUUGAUAAAGUCGUCCAUUGGGACCCUAAAUUAAAACUGAAAGGCUUCGAGAUCCAUUGUAAAAUCAUAAACUGGAUAAGUUGCUUUGUCGAUGGUAGGAGACAGCUGGUAAGGGUAAUUGGAGCUCUCAGCGUGGGAAUCUGUAAAAAUAGUUCUCAAACGUAUAGUCCUUGAUUUUCUUUUUUACUUUGUUUGAAUGGGUUUUCAACUGAAGACCUAUACACAGUAUGCCAGAUAAAAUAAUAUUACAGAAUGAUCUCAAUCCGUUGGUGGCCUGGAUUAGUGGGCGGUCACUAGAAGUAAAUUCUAACAGGGGUGUAGUGAUGCAAUUAAAUAACUAUGAUGACUCAUACCACUACAUAAUACGUGGAGUUGUGUUACCCAAGGUGAAGGACUAUAAAUACUUAGGAGUCAUAAUGAGCGACCUGGAGACUGAGCAACUGCAAGGCUUCUGCUGGCAAAGACUAUGGGGCAUUAUGAGCUGUUCGUAGGUCUUUUCAGCACUUGAAAGAAGAAAUGUUUAUAGUAUUACACCCAACUUUCGUGAGAUCGCAUCUGGAAUAUGGGUAACCAUAGCCCAUGUGGCCUAUAUUGAACCCAUUUGAUUAUAAUACUGGUCUCUCUAGAUCUGCCCCUAGAUGGUUGUUUUAUUAUUUAAUUUCUCAGGGAAUAAUCUGUUGUUUGUAGACUCGUUUAUUUCAGGGACUCAUAGCAGUUAUUCAGUUACAAUGCUGACAAAGUACUGGCUUUUAAACACCUCAAGUGAUAUUACUUAAAAGUUUAAAAUUCUUUUCUCUUCAUAAUGCAAAAAGAAUGCUAUUUCAAUACUAGUCGGUUCAAGUGUUUAGUUUAGUCAUAUAUUGUAAAUCAGUCUGUAUCGGUAAAGUCAACUUUGAUUCAUAGUAAAACAAUCGCUAUCGGGUUGGUGGAUGUAAAAAUCUCAGUAUAUGUUCGAGAACUUUGCUUAGUUUUUACUUAACAUCCCCUGUGCCACAGGUGGAAUAUCUCCUUUUCAAAGGGUUGGGAUAUUGCAUAGUAGUUUGCCUUAUGACACUUCAAGCGGAUAAAUAUUGACUUUUAGAAGCAUCUGGUAUGAACAGGUUUCAUGUAUUCGAUAAGUUGCUUCAAAGCAUUGCUCAAAGAUGAUUGGAUAGGUAAUGCAGAAGUGAAAAGUAGUAGGUGGAAAUGAUAAACUAGCUAAUAAGGUAAACCCAACACGCUACAUCCAUCAGCCGCCACUUAUUGUUGUGUUGCUGUAAGCUAGCCAAUGGAAAAUUAAGAUAAGAGGAUCAGAGUAAAACAGUAUUGGUUCACAAGGUCAUUCAUUGUUAGUGUAAACGAAAUCGGGGGUUACAGAUUUUUUGGUUUGGGUUCACGAAAUAGCUAUAAUCUAUUAUCGAAGAUUUUGGAUUACUACCCAGAACAGGUGUUACUGACGCCAAUACAUCAAUUCUUCAUAUUCCUUUGGCUUAUCAGUUUUGCUCCUUUUGAAGUGUUUUAUAUCUAGUUUUCAACCACUAAAGCUGUUAUUUGGUAGAAUAAAGCGACCUGCAUAAUUUUGUCAGGUCCUAUGUAAUUACUAUCGAUUUGAAUGUAACCCAUCGGUUUACAUUUGAAUGCCUUAACAACAAAACCAUAGCUUGACAGGUAAAUAAAUCCUACUUAAAAUUAUCAGUUAUGACUUAGGCUAACGGAUGUAACAAAUUUUAAUUUUUCGGAAAUUGUUACCUCAAAAACUCGACUUUUAAAAUAUGUAGUGGGACAGUAGAAAGGUUAAAUUAGUUGGUUCUAUACACUUGCAACUAGUUAAUACAGGUCUUAUUGUCGAUGUACUUAACUCACAUACUACAGAUUUACGCAGUUGCUUUGAGCUACACCAUAUGAUACUUAGUGAUACUAAUCGGUCAGCAAAACCCGAAGUAGAUAGUGAAGUUUGAACCUGUUGGAAGCAAAAUGUUUUAAUCGCCAAACUACGGACUCAUAUCAACACAAGAGAUUGUAUGCAAAGUUAGUCUACAGUAUCUGUAACUUGAUUUAAGUUUACUCAUACCCGCUUUUAUUUAUCCAAUAAAUAUGUUUCGUCUAUUCAACCGUAAUAUUUUUCACAUAAAUGUAGGUACUAAAUGCUUGCUAGUUUCCUUUUGUUUGCCCAAUAUUUGUCAAUGUAUUUAGUUCGUUCGAUUACACUUGUUCCAACCUAUUUAUUGUUUAGUUCCCCAUAUGUUGUCAGUAACCUACUAAUUUAUUACUGGGUUCUUUUUGUUAGUCUAUUACUGUCAUCAUAUUACUUCACAGUUGGACUUACCAUCGUUAUUUACAUAUGAUUAGUCUAAUACAUAUAUGUACCUAAAUCCUUUCUCAUUUUCGAUAAUAUCAGUAGUUUUUUUAUUAGAAUUUAAAAGAUCAGUUGCCUUAUUUUCUCUUGUUCAUGUCCAGUAAAAAGUUAUUUAAUGUUUCAUUUCAUAUUUUUGUGAUGGGUUUUGGUAGCUAGUAGUAUUUUCAGUUAGCUUCUUUACUUUAGCAUGAAGUUGUCCAAGUUUUUUCAAUAAGUUAUUUUCCGUCAUUUUAGUUAUGUUAGAUGAACUACCGCAUCGAGUUAAUUGGAAAGACAGUAAUACUACUAUCGGGAAUGACUUAACAAGUCUUACGACUGGUUUUCAUGAAACACACAAGGAAAGAUUUGAAGAUUAUGUUGGAAGUUGGACGAACCUAGACGAUUGCAGGCUACUUGAUCAUGUCUCUCGAUUGGGUGAAAAUCGUUGGAAUCUUAUUGGAAAAAGACUUGGCAAGUCAGCUUUUCAAUGCUCAGAAAGAUAUUUGAAGCAUUUACGUCCUCAAAUGUUAGGAUCCAGUAAAACCUAUACAACUCUAAUACAACAUAGAGCUAUACCACAAGCUAUUCUCAAUUCAGAUCAAAAUUCAACGUGGACAAAAGAUGAAGACUCAACUCUCCUCCAAUUGUAUUUAACAUAUGGAUCCAAUUGGGAAUUAAUAGCUAAUCGCCUAACCACUAGUGGUAGUUCGCAUAAAAAACGAACUGCUGUCGAUGUAAGACAACGAUAUGAAAAAGUUGUUCUCCAAUAUUGGCCCACUUAUGAUCAAGAAAAUCGUCCACUUUCUAGUUUACUGUUUCGUAAUUCGUUAUUAGCCUGGUCAAAUAGUCCUAAAAAUAACAGUACUCACAACAAAACAAGUUCAAAUGAUCAAUCAAUAGUUAGUAAGAACAAUGGUCGACCUACUUAUUUAAUCCCAUUAUCUUCAUUAAAGUCGAAUUACGAUUCUACAACAAAUGGAAAUUGGAAAAUUCGUCUAACCCAACCUAUUCAUCAUCAUCAUGAUUCAGGUUUUAGUGAAUCUGGUUUGUCGAACAGUGUCCAGUCUGGUGGGUGUAAUUCUCAGCAAUCUCUGAGGUAUUCAGUUGUGACGACUUCCAUCAGUUCUGACAAUUCCUUAUUAUCUACAUCAACUCCAGUGGAUUUAAUUAAAAAUGGUCCAUUAUUAUUGUCCAGUCCUGAUAAAUCUCAAUUCAGCCUACCAUCAUCAUCAUUGUUUAUCAAAUCAUAUUCACCUAAAUUACUUGAAUCCAGUAUCAAUGACGAUCUCACUUAUUCUCCUACUUCUUCUUUUUCAUCUCAUUUUUAUAAUAAUAAUAAUCAUAAUAAUAAUGAUAAUUGUUCAUCAAAAACAACCUCUCCAUUAAAAUCAAUUCAUCAGAUAACAAAUGGAUCGUUAAGUGUUCUCAUAACUGAUGAUCACAACAAUAUCAAUCAGAAUAAUAAUAAUAAUAAUAAUAAUAGUAAUAUUAAUAAUCAAUUUAUUAUACAAACACCUACAAAAGCAUUAAGUGAAGCUGAUCAAUUAUCAUUUCAUUUAACUAGUCCACCAGCUGUUUUAGGUUCUGCUGGUCGUUAUCCUGUUACUAAUUUAAAUCAUAAAAUAACAGAUUUAGAUAAAACACCAAUUGGUUCAAGAAUUCCACGUUAUUCACAGAUAAAAAGAGAUGGUGCACCGUUACGUAGACCACUUUGUACCAGGUUGUUUGAUAAUAUACCAAAUAAUAGUUCUCUUCCUUCAACGUCACUUUCUUCAUCGUCAACAAUGAGUAAUACUAAUCGUAAUAAUUUAUCUGAGAAAACUUUUUCAACAUUAUCCUCAUCAACAACAUCAUAUAAUUCCUGUGAUCAAGCUAAAUGUAUAGCUAUUCUUACAGCUAAAGCAACUGUUUGGAAUCGAGCACUUUUACCAACUACUACUACAUCAUCAUCAUCAACAACAACAAUAACAGCAGCAGCAGCAGCAACAACAACAACUUCAAUGUUAACAUCUCAAAAAUCUCAUCUUUCUUAUUUUACUGCGAAUAAUAAUCAUAAUUAUAACAGAUUAUUCAAUGAGAAUGAAUUCCAUAUGAAUCCAUAUCAUUCUUUUAACUUUCCAAUGAUGAAUUAUUAUCAUAAUAAUCUAUAUCCUUAUAAAUCAUAUUCUCAAACAAUUAAUAAUAAUAAUAAUUAUUAUAUCAGCUUGAAUCUUCCACCAUUAAAACCAUUAAAAUUCUCUGCUAGAAAACAACCUCAUUUAACACUACGACGUAUUAUACAAAUUGCUAAUGAAGAUGAUUGGCAAGAAGUUGCUUAUGGUAAUAAUUAUACUUCUCAAACAUUAAUUCAAUUAGCUAAAUCAUUUACUAACAAUUAUCAACAACAAUCCAUUAAUGAAUUAAAUGAUCUCUCAUCUCAUUCAUCAUUAUCUUCACCAUUAUUACCUAUAAUAAAGAGAACAAUAUCCGAAGAAUCAAUGAAUCAUUAUUCAAUUGAUCAUCAAGAUUGUUGCUUGGAUAUAGAACAACAAUCAAUCGAUAAUUAUUGA